AUGAACUCCGACCUCGGACCCCUACUCCCACGCCUCCACACCUUAGCCGAGAAUAUCACAAACCUUCAUCUCCCUGACACUCCCCACCGAACAACCCUCGAACUAUUCCGCCUCUCCAUGCUCAUCUGGCUCAACCGGAUGGCGGGUUCAACCCUCGAACCGCAAUCAACCACAGACGCCCGAGUUCAACGCGCUCUGCAUAUUCUAUCAGAUCUCAAGACCUGCCCGCGCCAACUCCCGCUGUUCAUCAUCGGAUGUGAAGCGCGGACUGACGAGGAUAGGUGUAUGAUUCUCGAACUUAUGAAUCGCACCGAGGCCUCGGCGUCGUCGCGGUCAAUGUUCAUAGUCAAGGCCCUGACAGAGGCGGUUUGGAAACAGGACGAUCUUGCGGGGGAGAGAGAGUUGGGAUAUCGGGAGAAGAUUACGGCGAUCGUCAGUGUUUGUUCGCUUUUGCCCACGUUUGCUUAG